AUGACUAGCAAGUCACUCCUCUCUGACCGCGGACGGACCUACGACUCAACCGCGCCACAGGCUCCGUCGUACGCGGCCAUCGCGGCCUCCACUGCUACCUCCACUUCAACCCCGGCCAACCGCGACGACAGUGGGGGAAGCGGAAGUGUCCUGCCCACCCACACCGGGGCUAAGGGGAGUUGGCUUUCUACUCAGUUGGCGGGAAACAUUGACCCCAACAAGUGCGACUGGAUCAGUGUGUACGGCUGCCUGCUGACCGGGUUUACGUCAGCCGUCUCCUUCACUGCAUGCUAUGUCUGGCCAGGGUUCCAAACUGGAAAUCUCGCCCAACUCGCCAUUGCGGCGGCGCGCACGUUCGACCCGCCGGCAACGCGCACACAUGGCUUCCAGAAGAGUGAUCAGCAGGCGCUCACGGCCCUGGUGAUGUUCUGGUUGGGUACGAGCUUGGGCCGCAUUGGCGCCAAGGUUGGCAACACCCGGCGUGCGUGGCUGUUGUCCACCUCUAUCCUGCAGGUAUUUAUGGCCGCCAUCGCCGCCCUCCUCUCCCAAUUCUCGGGCGAGAGCGCGUACGCACACGACCGCGCGCACCCCUCGUGGGCGACGCCGAUGGGCAUGGGUGCGCUCGCGUUUCUUUCCGCUAGCUUGGGCCUGCAGGGCAUCGUGGGCAAGCGCAUCGGAAGCGCGAUGAACACGACGGUCGUCCUCACGACAACGUGGGUCGAGAUCUUCAACGACCCGCACCUGUUUGCGUGGCGCCUGGUCCCAAGCCGCGACCUGCGUAUCUCUGGCGUUUGUGGAGUCCUCUUCGGCGCGUUUAGCGCGCGCGCCCUCCUCGGCGUCAUCGGACAGGGUGGGACGAUUGGCCUUCUCUGUCUGCUGCGCUUGGUGCAGGCGGUGUGGUGGAUCUUCAUCCCCUCGCCGGCGUAA